AUGACCUCGUUGAUUAUUCACUCUGAGCAGCGGAGGCUGUUGCAGAGCUUCACUUCUCCUGCUUCUCAACCAGACACGGCAUCUUUGCAUGACAAGGAGGCGCAUUCGGCUCCUGGAAAAUCUAAGGACACAGCGAUUUGUAUUCCCUCUGAUGUCGAGUCUGAUACUGAAGAUGAAGACGAUACGAGUCAAGAACUCGAUGGUUCGCAAUCUUUUACAGCACCUACCAGUACUGUGGAUUAUUUGGAUCUGACUGCCACCGAAUAUGGCGCAACUGAGUCAGAAACUACCAUUGGCGUGAACACUGCGUCAACAGGAUCCCCGACUCGAGCGGAUACCGCCCUAGGUUGGCCGAAUGAGCCGAAUGAGUCUCACUUCGCUGAUGCUGGACUGAGCCAACAAUCUUGUGGGAUGAAUCACUUACUGGUCGGGAACACGCCCACUGAGUGUCAAGAUAUCAAUUUUGCAACCCCUCCUACCAGCCCUGAAAGCCAACCAUACCCAGUUGCGGCAGACGGGAAACAGCUCCGAUCCGAAUCAGCCAGUCAAGAGAGCAACAUGGUGGUCGAUGCUGUCUCUGACUAUGACGUUUGUCAUAGCUCCCAGGGUCAUCAGGAUUCCCCUUCAACCGGCGCACACUCUCGCUGGACUGCGAACCCCGUGGAGGUGGUCCAAGCAUCGUUCCAGGAAAACGAAAUACCCGCCGGCAAGUCGUGCGACGAUGCCAUUCCUGAAGUCCGCACCCCAUCUCCCUCCAUGUCCUCUGAUGAACCGUGUCAAGGGCAAGCCUUGGAUGAUACAAGCAGCGCGUCCACCCAUGUUGAGUCCGAGACCACGGAGGCUAGGUCCAGUUCCGAUGCCGAAGUGUCUUCCACGUCGCCGUCACUUCGUCGCUUCCGCCACAAAUCCUCGCAGAUGCAUAAAACCAUGCAGUGUGAGGACUGUGACGCAGGCAGUGAAGAAUCAGGGAACGAGGACGGUCUUAACAGGCUAGGAUCUCAACAUAGUGAAGAGAACUCUUCUUCUCUUCCAGGUCUUGAGGAUUCUAGCUCGGAAGACGAUGAUUUGGAUGAUGUCCACCAGGGUCGCAAGCGCCGCAAGUUCUCAAAGUCCGUUUCAUGUGCAGUCCGCAGUACCGCCACCAGCUCUCGGAGCCCUCGCCAAAUACGAUCGGCAGCACAUGCCGCACAGUUGCCAAGCGGGAACCGAACGUCUAGACGCGACAGUCACAGCCCAAUACCAUCUGCGGCAACACCAGCCCUGUCCAGGGCUAACAUGCUUCUUGCUCGGUUCGAGGAAUGGCCUCUCGAAAACGUUUUGCUCAAACGCAUCACUGAGGGCGGCAAGACGACAUUUCAAUUACAGUUUGAAUGGGAUCCCGAUUCAUGUCAGCCACAUGCUAGCAGAUCCGUGUCGCAUCCAAAGAAGUGCAGAAAGCUGCCUAAGAAUUUCCGUUCAGCUGCAAAAUCAUCCGGCGGGAGAUGGACGUCAGAAGAGGACGAAAUUGUGCGCAGGAUGAGGCAAGAUGGUAAUUCAUGGGCCGAUAUCAAGCGCGCCCUUCCACAUCGAUCUGAGGGCACCAUUCAAGUUCGAUACUCGACAAAAAUAAAACAUAAAAGAUCGAUGACAACGGGAAAUAGCUGGUCCGCUGGUAGAUUGAGGCCCUUCUAG